AUGGCUCUCAGAGCACUCCAAACAGCUGAUUCUCUGCCUGAAGCGAAGCUUUCCGAGCUUUUCAUCAACACUGUCAACACUGCCAACAUCCUGCCUUGUGCUACCGUGUCGAGCCUUCCGUCCCCGGAAGAGAACAGAAAGCAUGCUGUUAUCACGGACGCCGCAAUUUUCCGUCACAAUUCAACCUCUGUGGUUACGACACCAUCUUGGACCGACCAGAUUGUCCCAGUGGUGUUCAGCCCCUACUUCCCUGGUGGCGAUCCGUUCGAUCUCACUGUCUACGCUCCAUACAGUGGGACCCAGAAAAAACGCCAGCGGGUCUUCAAUCGCAUAUCGACCAUAGUGGAUGUCCUCUUCGCCGCACAACAACGCGUUUUCGUUUUCGUCCUUCUUGUCAUCGGACGUAGUUUCCGACUCAUUCGCUGGGACCGCGCCGGAGCUAUCCGUAUCUCUGCCCUCGACGACUCCACACUCGGGUUCGAUCCGAGUGCUAGUCGCGUCCUCCCCGGCGACGUUGACUUCCUGCGGAUGGACAUAGCCGCUCUUGAGCACUCCACCGACGAGGAUCAUUCCGAGCGCGACCUCGACAGCGAGGUAUCCGGCGACCGCAUGGUCUUCCGAUAUGCACGCACGCUGUUCCGCAGUUCUCUGGCCACUGACUGGCCACGCCACAAACUCCGAGUACCCUGUGGUUCGUCUUGGCGCUACUACCUGGUCGGAAAACCAACAUUUCGAGCCGAUGGGGCCAUAGGGCGCGGAACCCGUGGUUACGUCGCUCUCGACUGCGAGACGCGUCGCUUCGUGUGGCUGAAAGACGCCUGGCGCGCAGCAUACAUGAUAUCCUGCAGGGAGGGAGAUGUCCUAGAGAAGCUGAAUGAGGCGGGCGUAGAGAACGUGCCGACCCUCGUAUGCCAUGGGGAUAUCGAUGAUCAGGUCACUGUCUCCGCGGACUGGUGGGGACGCGAACAGCCAUCCUCUGCUGCACCCUCGACGUCUUCUAGCCAGGGUUCUCCAACAUCGUCAGCCACCCUUGUGGAGUCGGCCUCGUCUGGUACAGAGGUCGCAUUUUCGCUCAGGAACGCCCAAAAUGGACGGCAGCUGACAUCCAUCGUUCUCGAUACUGUUCAAGCACAUUGUCAGGCAGCCACAAACCCCAAGACGCUCCUUCUACACCGCGAUAUCAGCGCCGGAAAUAUCCUCAUUUAUCCAAGGGUUCGACAAGGGAAAGAUGACACCAAGAAUGCGAUAGUGUGGACAGGCAUCUUGUGUGAUUGGGAGCUUGCGAAGCCUGUGGAUGACCAACGCGCCGCAUCAAACGCUUCGCGCGCGUCCCAGAUGGGCACGUACCAGUUCAUGUCGGUCAACCUCCUUACGGACCCUUCAAGCCCAAGUGUGACGAUCGCGGACGAACUGGAGUCGUUCUUCCACGUCCUCCUCUACUAUUCUCUCCGCUACCUCCGCUCCAACUGCGAGUCGCCGGCUUCGUGCAUCGCCAACUACUUCAACAGUUACGCAGGCCCCGGCCGCCUACUCACAUGCGGGUGGAAGUCGCUGGCGGUCGAACUGGAUGCCUUCCUCAGCCUCCAGUUCCCCUAUAGUCCUCUGCUCUUCGACAGCCCGAUGGACGACCUCCUUGAAAUGAUCUUGAAGAGUCUCAGGGCGCGCUACAAGGUCAUACGAGACGAUUUGCGAAAGGCGAUGCCUCCACCUCGUGAUCCCACGCCGCCCCCCGACAAGAGAAUGACGUUCUCUGUUCCCAAAAUUUUCUUCUUCGGGGAUGACGCGAACGCGGUAGAUGAGGACGAUGACUUCGACAAGUAUCGUCCGGCAGACGACACUCCGUCGGAAGAGGACCGGGUACUCGCAAGGAAGAUCAUGGACCACAAGUUCAUGCUCGAGUACAUGACGCAGACGCUCCGCGACACGUGUUGGCCAGAGAAUGACCGGAUACCCGAAUGUCAAAAUCGGCCUUCGACUACUGUCCAGCCGGCCGCCCCCGCCGCUACCUCCCGACCGCAACAUGGGAGCCAUAAGAAGCGGCGGAUUGCUGGUCCUGAACGUACGCACACCACCCUUCCGAUCCGUCUUCAUGGAUCGACGCGCCGGCUGAGGAGUAGUGUGCGUACUGCUCCUAUCUGCGCGAGGUCGUGA